GGAAGUGAGUAACUUAAAGUUGUUCAAGGAGUAAUUAGAAAGCGAUGUAGUCCUUUUUCCUUAUUACUGUUUUUUAUGUAUUUAUUUUGUAGUUGCUUAUAGAAUUUAUCUGGUUCUUACACCUUACAAGCAGAUAUUGUUUGACUUCCUGAACAGGGCGGUUCAUCAUGAAGUUGGAGGUGCCUGAAACCUUUGAAGAUGUUGCUGUUGAGUUUUCAGGAGAGGAGUGGGAAAUGCUGAGUAAACCAGAGAAAGAGCUACACAAGGAGGUGAUGAUACAGAACUAUGAGAACAUGAUUUCUGUAGGGUAUGACAUCCCAGUGGAUCAUCUUUGGUUAUAUAUUAAGAACUUUGAGACAGUUUCACCUUGUGACACCAAAGGAGGAAUGAUGGUGCAGCAAAUACUGGAUGCUAGUACCAGAACCAGCAUCAUCAGGAGUGGAAAUUUCUGUGAGAUCCGGGGUCUGCAAUCAAACCAUGGAAGACACCAGGAUUCUGAAUGUGACACACUUCUUCCAGACAAGAUGUCAGUCAUGAGACAAGAUGCACUGCAGUCGGAAACCAGAACUGAUAACCCUAAGGAAAGUAGUGAGAGGUUUAUCAAAACAACUGAACAAGAAAUGCAUCUGCAAACUAAAGCAGGGGAAACGCCAUGCAGCUGGCCUAAUCACAGCAACAAUGUAACAUUUUGUAGUAACAACUUAACUGAUCAAGUUAGUCACAGAUGGGAAAAACAGAAGAGCUUGGCACCAAAUGAGCAAGUGCUCAAUGGAAAGAAACUACAUAAAUGUGCCACAAAUGGCAAGGGUUUUACAGACCAACAAAAUGGAGGAGUAAGCAAGAUUAUUCGUACUGGGCAGCCGCCAUUUAAAUGCAAAGUGUAUGACAAAAGUUUUACUUUGAAGUCUAACAUGAAAAAAGACCAGUUUCCCCACAGUGAGAAAAGACUAUAUAAAUAUGCCACACAUCACAUGGACUUGAUCCCUAAUCAUUUGGCAGUGCUUAAGACUAUUGGCAAUAGACAGAAACUAUACAAAUGUGGCAAAAGUUUUACAGGAAAGGAUAGCAUAGCAAAGCAUCACAAUAUUCAGGGUGUGAUCUCUCAAGAUAUUAAAAAACGUAAACACUUUGAAGAAAUUAAACAAAAGCAGAAACCCUACGAAGGUACUACAUGUGAUAAAAGUUGUAGAUACAAAGUCACUAUUUUAAAUCACACUGGGCAAAAGCCAUACACAUGUAGUAUGUGUGACAAGAGUUUUAGUAACACAAACCACAUGAGACGUCAUCAGAGUACUCACAUGGAGAAGAAACCAUAUCCAUUCAUAAUCUGUGGCAAGAGCUUUGCACAGAAGUAUCACUUUGUGGCUCACCAGAGCAUCCACAGUGCAAUGAAACCAUACAGAUGCCCAGAGUGUGAUGAGAGUUUUUACUACGAAAGGACUGUAGUAAGUCUUCAGAGCACCCACACUGUUGAAAAACCCUAUAAAUGCAGUAUGUGUGGCAAAAACUUUGUGUACAGAGAGUCACUGUUAAGUCACCAGAGAAUCCACACUGGUCAGAAACCAUAUCAAUGCACCAUGUGUGACAAGAGCUUUACACAGAAGUAUCAAAUGACAACACAUAUGUAUAUUCAUGGUGGGCAAAAACCCUAUAAAUGCCCAAUGUGUGACAUGUGUUUUACACAAAUGACUUGUAUGACAGCCCAUAUGUAUGUCCAUGGUGGGCAAAAACCCUAUAAAUGCCCAGUGUGUGGCAGGGGUUUUGCACAGAGGAAUGCAAUGACAAGACAUAUGUAUGCCCAUGGUAGACAAAAACCAUAUCAAUGCACCAUAUGUGACAAGAGCUUUAGAUACAGAAGUAGCAUGGUAACUCAUCAGACACUCAUGCUGGACAGAAGCCCUAUAAAUGUCCAGUAUGUGACAGGAGUUUACACAGAGGUAUCAGAUGACAGCACAUAUGUAUAUCCAUGAUGGAC